AUGAGAGCAGGAGAAUGGCCACCGUCAAAACGGCUUCUCCGAUUCCAAGUGGGAGCCGGGAAUGCAGCCCCGAAGCUGAGUUGGGGGGGGGGAGGGCGGAGAACACACACCGACGUCCCCCUAACACAGAUGUACACACAGAUCUGCGUCCAGAGACGCACAGACACGUGCACGGACACAUGCACAGACACACAUACACAGAGACACAAACGCACAGAAAUAGAGCCAGGCGCUGGUCGAGUGAGAGCGCCACCUCCUCCUCCUCCUCCUCGGCCGCAGCCAUGGCGGCUCCUCUCCCCGACCCUCCCAGACAAAGGGAACGGCUUCACCAGGCCAAAAAGACAAGCAAAACCUGCGGCGGAUGAGGGAUUUUGGGAUUGUAGUGUCUGCACUUUCAGAAACAGCGCGGAAGCCUUUAAAUGCAGCAUCUGUGACGUGAGGAAAGGCACCUCCACCAGAAAACCUAGAAUAAACUCUCAGCUGGUUGCACAACAAGUGGCACAGCAGUACGCCACUCCUCCACCACCUAAAAAGGAGAAGAAGGAAAAAGUUGAAAAGCAAGAAAAAGAGAAACCCGAUAAAGAGAAAGAAAUUAGCCCCAGUGUUACAAAGAAAAACACUAACAAGAAGACAAAACCAAAGUCAGAUAUUCUGAAAGAUCCUCCUAGUGAAGCAAACAGUAUACAGUCUGGAAAUGCUACAACAAAGACCAGUGACUCAAAUCACACUUCAAGGCCCAGGCUGAAAAACGUGGACAGAAGUACCGCGCAGCAAUUGGCAGUGACGGUGGGGAAUGUCACAGUCAUUAUCACAGACUUUAAAGAAAAGACUCGCUCUUCUUCGACAUCGUCAUCGACAGUGACCUCCAGUGCAGGAUCAGAACAGCAGAACCAGAGCAGCUCCGGAUCGGAGAGCACAGACAAGGGCUCAUCCCGCUCCUCGACGCCCAAGGGUGACAUGUCCGCAGUGAAUGAUGAAUCUUUCUGAAAUUGCACAUGGAAUUGUGAGAACUAUGAAUCAGGGUCUGAAAUUCAAAAUCUCCCACCUGCCCAUGCCACGUGCAUCCCUGGAGAUUCUUCUGUGGACAUCAACCUAGUGAUGCUACCGGGAUCGUUUUCUGCUUGCCAUGGGCAUCUGGCCAGCAAGGAAUUUCGCACCCUGAUGAUUACUCUUGACACUUUUAUGUAUUCCAUUGUUUUAUAUGAUUUUCCUAACAAU